AUGCAGAAAAGUGGAAAAGUAAAUAAUGCUAAAACUCCCCCAAAAUGCAAAACAAAUUCUGCAGAAAUUUCUACUAAAAAUUUCGAAAUAAAAAAGGAUUGGAGGAAUUUCGAGAAUGAUCCAUGCAAACAAGUUUUUUCUAAUCGAUCAGUCUUUCUUCAAAAAAUUCGAUAUUAUGGAUUUGACAUGGAUUUUACACUAGCAAUUUACAAAUCACCAGAAUAUGAUAUUUUGCUAUACAACAGUAUUAUAAAUCGUCUAAUAUUACUCGGUUAUCCUGAACAAUUACGAUCAUUCCCAUAUGAACAAGGCUUUGCCAUUCGCGGUUUAUGGUUUGAUCGAACUUUUGGUAAUUUGCUAAAAGUUGAUGGAUUUGGAAAUAUUCUUGUUGGUAUACAUGGCUAUGAUUAUCUUUGCCGAUCGGAUAUCAAAAAGCAUUAUCCGAACAAAUUCAUCUCAUUGCGACAUCAAGAAAAUGUUCUGGUGAUGAAUUCAUUGUUUGAUAUAGCCCAUACAUAUGUGCUCAUUACACUUAUUCAUUAUUUCGACAACCAUAAGGACUAUGAAAGGACUAACGAUGGUACAGGCGUUCGAAACGGCGAUACGAUAAUAUCUUAUAAAUCACUUGCUGAAGAUGUUUCAAGCGCUGUCAAUUACAUUCACAAUGAUAGCUCGUUAAAAAGCGAUGUUUUGCAAAAUCUGGACAAAUAUAUCAUUAAAGAUAGCCGAAUUAAACCACUUCUGCAAUUGAUCAGUGCUCACGGUGGACGGACAUUUCUUCUGACCAAUAGCAACUAUAGUUAUACAAAUGGAAUACUAAGCUAUUUGAUUGGAUCAGAUUGGACGUCAUAUUUUGAUGUUUCAAUUGUUGAUGCAAAAAAACCGCUAUGGUUCAUGAAAGGCACUGUUUUUCGACAAAUCGAUACUUCCACAGGAACGCCUAAAAUUGGUGUCCAUCAGGGAUUACUUAAAAAGGGUGAUGUUUAUGCUGGCGGUAAUUCAGACGAUUUUCGUCGGUUAUUUAAUGCUCGUGACAGAGAAGUGUUAUAUAUUGGUGAUCAUAUCUUCGGUGACGUACUUAAAUCAAAGAAAACAAAAGGAUGGCGCACAUUUCUUGUGAUACCUGAACUGGUAAAAGAGAUAUCUAUUUGGUUAGAACGGCAUGAUUUAUUCGAAAAAAUGAUAGAAUUGACCAAACAGGUUGAAGUAAUGUAUAAUCAGAUAAAUAUUAUCUCUGCUCAACCAAUUAUUCAGGAAGGAAAUACUCAAAUCCGAGAAAGAACUCAAGAAAUGGAUAAGUAUUAUAGCAAAAUGGGUUCAUUGUUUCGAAGUGGAUCACGUACCACAUUUUUUGCAUCACAGGUAGAACGAUUCGCUGAUCUUUACUCAUCUAGUUGCUAUAAUUUACUCUACUAUCCACUUUUUUAUUUUUUCCGUGCUUCGAUGACAUUAAUGCCACAUGAAGUGAAUACCGAUAAAUGUGUUCGUGCGAAGAAAUCGUCAUCGGCAUCAAAUGAUAGUGGAAGAAGUUUAUAUUCAGGAAAGAAUACGAAAACAAUACAACAUGUUCAAGAAGAUAGUAUAGCAGCUAAUGAGGAAGAGCUUUUAGGUGAAGUUAGCAAUGAAGGACAGACGUCUUCAAAAUCCGAAUAA